CAUAUAGCCAUUUGCAUCCUCUGCGUGCACACGGCCCUUGGAAAGAGGUGACCAUUGCUCAAAAACAAGUCUUAAAGAUUUUAAGAAUGAAUUUAAUCAGCGGAUAUUUCAUGCUGUUUCUUCUGGCGUUCGUCCUCACAGAGCUUGUUUCAUGCGAGGAUGAUUACCAUACAAUUCUCGGGAAAGCCAUUUACAUUCCAGAAGAAGAUCUCCUAGGUUCCAUUCCAAAUGGAUUGACCUUUUUUAGGGAUAUUGAAGAGCAUUGCCAACGAAAGCUCAAAAUAGCGACGACAGCUAAAGAUCAGACGUAUUAUAGAAAUACCGAAGAUUUUUACAAAAGCAUUGCGACUGAGACAAAUCUUAAAGCUGGUUACGAAGGCCCCUUCUCGUUGGGACUUACGCUUGAUAUUACUUCUAAAUCGAUCAGCGGUACAUCACGUGAAGUCAGUGGAACAUCAAUUAACCUUGCAACUAAAGCUUUUGUCCAACAAUUCUCACCCAAUUGCCUGUAUACAGCCUCCCUUGGAUCUUCUGUGGUGCGAGACUUUGCAGCUUUACCUACACAAAUUAAAAAUCCCUGGCACAAGUCUUCUUGGCGCGAGUAUCAUCAUUUCUUAGAAAGACAUGGCUCUCAUGUCAUCACUUCUGUCACAUUCGGCUCCAGUAUUGACCAGUAUGCAUUCGCUGAAACAAAGUCCUCCUUUUCAUCGAAACAAUUUACCGUGAAAGCGUGUGCCUCCCUUGGUGCAGGUGUUGGCCCUGGUAAAUUGUCUCUGUCAGCAUGCUCUGGUGUCACCAAAGACGAAGUAAAAAAAUUGUCCAAUUCCCAAAUGAGUACAUCAGUGGUAGUGCGUGGUGGGUCAGUCAACUUACGAAACAGACUUCUAUAUGACCGUUCUAGUGAUCUUAUCAUCCAAUUUCUAACCGAAGGUCAUACUCACCCAACCCCUAUAGCCUAUACUCUCACGCCAAUCUGGGAAAUUCUGCGUCGUCACCAUACGCUGACUUCGGAGAACAAGAAUACCUACGUUCAAGCAGUUAACCUUGAGUAUUACUUCGAUGGUUACUUGAACUUUGGUUGUCCAUAUCAACCAAGCAAGCGCCCUGGCACACCACCAAUACAGAAGUUCGACUACGCCUCCCACUCAACAUCCUCUAACCCAGUCUUCCAAUGUUCUCUCGCAUCCCAAGGUUGCCAUCACGACAAUGAUUGUCGCUAUCAAAUUGGCGUAAAAUGUGAGUGCAGAGGUUCAUCUUGCAUCCGUCACGGGCAGACCAAAUUACCCAAUGGCAAGAGCCGAGCAACAGCCUCGCCACAUUACCAAAGGAGAUGGUCUUGGAACGGAUGCGACUGGAAAUUGUGGGGAUCACGAUGUGCCUGCCGCCAUCCUAAUCCAACACGACGUAUUAUUUUUUGAUUGCGAACUAAGGACUUGGUCGUUUUAGUUUAAACUACUUGCUUA